CAAAAAAAAAUUAAAGAAAAAAAAAACCAAAACCAAAAACUAUUCUUUUUAAAGUCGGUGGGAUCGACAACUAGGGUAUUUAAUCUUUCCCUCACUCUCUCCUCCUCGCCGCCUUUAUGGCCCUGGUUCUUCUUGCGAAUCUCAACAAUGGCGGAACAGGUGAGGUUUAUCAUCAAAAAUGGCGGAAGCUGCACAAAAGCUAGAACAAUUUCGUCAAGAUAUGGGGAAUGUUAGGGAAGUUGGUGUUUCUCAAUUGGCUUCUGAGACGGUUCAUUAUAAUAUUUUAGAUCUGACUACUUGACUUGAAUCUAUUCUUUUUGAGUUUAAUCCAACGUCAACUACUUUCGAUCUGGCGAAUCCGGUACUACUACCUUCUAUUGGGUCGGGUGUAGAUUCUAUAAUUGUGAACCCAACUCCUCCGUGUUCUAUUGUGUUUGGAGGAUUAGACCCGUAAUCUGAUUAUGAUUUCAAACUUUCAAAGCUAUUCCCGGUCUUAUAGAUUGAAGUUGAUCCGCGUUCUAAACCCAAAUGAGGAUACUUGGUCAGGAAAUGUGACAAACAAUUUCAGCAAUAGGGUCAAAUCGAAUGGAUUCUCAUUGUUUUACGAGGGCACUUUAACAGAUGGGUUACAAGUCAUAGAUAAUGUAUAUAGAACCGAUGAUAGUUUUGGAGACUUGGCCACAAUAAUCGAAACCAUGAAUGGGAUCAGGCUCCAAAAUGCAGUGGAACUCAUUGGAUACUACCGUUUGAAGGAUGUGAGUAAUGGAUUUACCACUUCUAAGGAGCUGCUGAAAAUCAUAAGCUUCAUGUGUGGUCAACUGGUCAUGAUGGUCAACCUAAACAUUUUGCAGAAAAAAAAAGGAAGCAUGGAAGAACAAAGAAUAGACGCAAUUGUAUUCUCAUUUGUGGAUUAAAUUAAAUUGCUUUAUACUCAUUAGUUUUGUAAAUUAAGAACUUUAGAUGAAAUAAAUAAAGUUUUUCUGGAAUUUA